AUGUUUGAAGAUGAUCCACCACCACUGCCUUCAGCUCCAUCUGUCGAAAUUUCAUGUGACAGUACUUUUGCUGACUUAAACGAUCAUAAUCGGUUCACUGCUGUCGCGGAUGGUGAUUACGAUGGGAAUAAUGCAGAAUUUUGUUUACAUAUGUCAGCCAUACUUCAAAAUGAAUCAGAUUCCGAAUUUGUUAAUCCUGAGAUGGCAAAACUUCAGAAUGAAUCUGUGAAAGCAAUCAAAAUUCCAGAUCGCGCUCAGAAUCUUAUAAAAACUCUACCACAUAAUGAUUCUGAUGGAGAACAGAAUCUUCCAUCUCCUUCUUUACAGUCUCGAUCUCCUCAGUUUGCUCAAUUUUCUAAACCUGAAGGUUCACCACCUGAGAUUUCAGGACUUCCUGAGGACUUAGAUGUUAAGAGCUCCGUUAUGGCUCAUUCUGUUGAGGAAGAUGAGAUUACCAAUGAUGGGUCACACGAUAUGUCAGCUUUUAUAAAAAGGAGGAAGAAUUCGAUUUCAACAGAAAGUACGAAAGACGAGACGAAAGACAAUUCAGAUUUUCAGAAUAUCGGUUCGAUUGAUGAAAAUAAAAAAGGAGUAGUUGUGCAAAGUGCUUUGCAAAACGAUGAAGACGAUGAUGAGUUUGGUGAUUUCGGAAACUUUGCUAAAGUGGAGAAAACUCAGAAAAGUGAAAAUGACGAUUGGGCAGAUUUCGAAUCCUCUUCAUUACCUGAUUUUGAUAUAAAAAAUAAGUCGAUUGAAGCUGUCCCAUCUUCAGGAGCACAGUUGCACUUUAUCGCUGAAACUCCACUAUUACCGGCACUUCUAGAAAAUUUAUGCGAUGAUCAGCUAUGGACAACAGUCGCUAGAGAAAAGGAAAACAAUAAUGAACAUGAUAUUCCUGACAAUGGAGUAUAUGAAACGUUAAGCAAUGCAAUAAAUACAAAAGGCAAAGAUAGACCAGAUGCAAUAGUAUGGAUAGCAGUGAGCAUUAUUGAAGAAGCACUAGCACUAAAAUUACAGUGGCAUGAUUCAUUGAUCCGGAGUUGUUUUUUACAUUCAUUAGAUAUUGAUGCGAAUCAGACUAUUAUUCGAAACUCAGAUCUUCCUGUAUUUGCGCAACAGCUUGAAGAAAGUACAGUCCUUGCACCUGCGUCUGUGAUGAAAAGCUGCGAUGGAGUUACACUGAUGGAUGAAAAAAAUUCGUUUCCGCAGUCAAAUUCAACUGAUUUCUUGUCUCAUGAAGGUAUCGAAAGGUCUUCAGUCAGUCAGCAGACACCUUCAAGAUCCAUUACUGUUGAUUCAUUGGCCGUUCCACCAGUGCAGUUUGACUGGAAUAAUUCCGGUCUAACAAAUCCUCUCAAAACAGGAUCAUUAGGUAUAUCAUCUGCAUCACUAGACUUGGAUUUUUUGGAAUCGACAAAUAAUAAAGGUUUAACUGGUGAUGGUUCGCCAACCAUGCAGGUGUUUUCAACCCUGCAGAAGGAUCUGACUGCAUUUGGUCUAAAUUUGCCAGAUGAUGCCGGAAAGAGCAAAACUGAAAGAGGUGUUUCAAGCAACACAUCAAUUAUACUGGAUUGUAUGCUGAACAAAAAUGGUGAUAAACGAAAAUAUAUGCCAGCAAGCGAACUUUCACUUGAUGCUCGGGCUCUUCAUGACCAAUUACCGGAUCUGGACUAUAUGUUAUCCGAUGUUCUGCUUUUUCCCGUCAUCGAUCGUUAA